UACUCCGCGCACUUCAAAUCGCGAACUGACGGGUUUUCGCCGGCUGGAGAACGGCCGUUGGAAAAAAACGGAGGCUCUUGAUGAAGGAACCGAGAUCGAUCGCGCAAAAAAUACUGCUUUUGUCUUCAACAAUGCACGACUGUGAUAUUACGCGUUUGAUUAAUUAUGUGAAAAUAGCAAACGUCAAUGUGUGGUUUGUUUGUUGAUGCGAGAUGAACAGGUUUGGUCGCGCUCUUUUUUAUCCGCAGUUUCUUUCUUCUCUAUUUUCUCCUUCCCCUCCAUUCCGCAUUUAUUUAGAUUUAGAUUUUUUUUAAGCUAUCCGAAGGCUCGAAGGAGAUUCAGUCAAAAUGAAAGACAAUUAGGGACAAUUAAGGAAGAAAACGGAAGGGCCGAAUGGCGUUUAAACCUCGUCGUCGCAAAAGACGCGAAAUGGAAGAGGAAGAGGAGGAAGGGAAAGAAGGUGGAGAUGGUGCCUUGUUUAUCAGGCGCCUGCCCCGGGUGAUUUAAAAAUUUCUCGGAGAGAAGAAUUCUCUUAUUUUCUUUUUCCCGCGUCGAAGGUGAGACGCGCCUUGAACGCGCCUGGUCGUCUUUAUCCUUUAAAAGAUAAACCCGGGAAGAACGGAUUCGAUUGCGCCUCUAAUUCGAGACGCGAGGGAUAAAACGGCGGCGCAGUUCCAGAUAACGGUACCCGAUCUCCUCCUGCAAGCCUGUCGUGAAUCCAGUCUCGCGUGGAAGGCAGAAGGUCGUCUCGAUCGGCUCGGGACUACGCUCCGCACCGCUUCCGGUCGGCUCCGCUUCCGGCCGGUUUGCCGGGCGACCGGCAACCAGGAGGCCGCAUGCGCGGUAGAGUGAGGAUCGCGAUGCUUGCCAGACGAGUUCGACAGUUUGACCCCGGAGAAUCGAGCAUAGUUUGUUGGACCGGCACGUACGUGAGUUCGCGUACGGAGUUCGAGCCUCCAGACGCUGGGUAUAACGAAGGAGAGAACACGGAGGAGUCACGCAAGUCUCAGUUUUCAAAUACAACGUUCUGUAAUAAGGCGGCGAUGUUAAUAGCUCGAUAAUUCCAAUAUACUAUAACGAUAUAAGAAGAGGAACUAAUUAGAACCGAAACACGAAUAUUGCGAAGCUGCACACUCGUCUCUCGGUCUUGCUGUAUACCCGGUGUCGCUGGAGAGAUGCAUACUACGCGAAGAGCAAUACGGAGAUUCGCAAGGUCGAUGAACCAUCGCGACGACUUCAACGUCUCGUUCACCAAGCGCGGAGCAUUUGGAUUCGAUUCACGACCUUUAACACUGAACGAGAACAAUGCUGCUACUGCUCCUCCUUCGUGGAACAUCACCGGUCGAGACUCGGUAAGGAACUUGGCGCGAAAUUUCGGCACUUCGGCGAGAAAGGAUCCACCCGAGCCGCGAGGUCUCCCCUUGUUCGGCACGAUGCUGUCCCUGAUAUCGGCCGGUGGCGCGGAGAAACUGCACGAAUACGUGGACAAAAGGCACCGAGAACUUGGACCGGUCUUCAGGGAACGGAUUGGACCGGUGCGAGCCGUUUUCGUCAGUUCGCCCGAUGAAUAUCGUAAGAUAUUAAUCGAUCUCGCGGGCCCCACGCCGCAGCAUUUCUUGCCGGAAGCCUGGAGGCUGUACAACGAGAUCCGAGAGCAGUAUCGAGGUCUGCUCUUCAUGGACGGACAAGAGUGGUGGCAACAUCGGCAAAUUCUCAAUCAAGUGAUGUUGAAGCCUCAACCAAAGACUUUUCUUGUACCGUGCCAGGAAGCUGCUGAAAAUCUCGCGAGGAAAUGGAAAACAUUCAGCCAAACCGGCUGUACAAUACCGGACCUGGAACAUCAACUGUAUCAGUGGUCCAUCGAGGUGAUGCUAGCGAGUCUGAUAGGUUCGCGAUGGCGGGAUUGCGGGUCGGGAAUACGUUCUGAGAUAGAGUACGUGGCAUUGAUGUUACACCGGGUUUUCAUAUACUCCGCAACUCUUUCGAUGAUGCCGCCCAAGUUGGCGAUGAAGCUCAAAUUACCAGUGUGGACCAAGUUCGUUGAGACUGUCGAUACGGUGCUGGACAAGGUGCAGAAUCUGGUGCCGCAUUUAAUUCAGCUUGAUGGUGACGGAGUUCUGAAAAUGAUUAUGAAUAACGGUGUUGACAACGAUAAGGUGGACAGAAUCAUCACCGAUUUCAUCAUAGCCGCCGGUGACACAACAUCGGUUACCCUGCAAUGGGCAUUGAUAUUGCUCAGUGGUCGCCCCGAGCUGCAAGAUCGAUUAUUCCAUGACAUCAAAGACUUGUCACCGGAGGAACUUGCAAAACAUAUGCUGUUAAGGAGUACGUGGAAGGAAACUCUGAGGCUGCAUCCCGUCGCGCCAUUCCUUACGAGAUACUUGCCGGUGGACGCCACAAUUGGCGGUUAUUUUGUGCCAAAAGGGGAGUUAAUUCUCAUAUCGCUUUAUUCGAGCGGCCGCGAUGAGAAAUAUUUUUCACGGCCUAACGACUUCUGGCCAGAAAGGUGGCUGAGAGUGACCGAAGAUUCACGCGACUGUCAGGGAGUGAAAGACGCACGUGCCAGUGUACCAUUCGCGGCAGGCUUGAGGAACUGCAUCGGUCGCAGACUCGCGGAAACCCAAUUGUCUCUUACGUUGGCGCAGCUCAUUAAACAUUUCAAGAUUGAGUGCGAAAAUCGAGACAGCAUUAAGAUGAUUUUGCAUUUGAUCUCCGUGCCAUCAGAACCAAUCAAACUGAAGCUGACUGACAGAAAAAUAUAACGAAGACGUUAAAUGAUUACGACUGACGAGAAUUUUAUUAUUGACGUGAUGUAAGGAAUUAAAUUGUAUAUAUAUAUAUAUAAUUCAUUAUAUUUGUCGAAUGCGUAUAUAUACGCGUUCAUAAACACAUAUAUAGGGUGUUUAAUGGGGGUAUCCUGUAUAAACCGAUACUAUCGUAUUCCUUAUAAAAAAAUAAGUAAUUUUUUUCUUAAAAUUUCUGGAUUGUUAUCGAGAUAUCUAAUUUUUUUAAUAAGCCAAUAUACAUAGUGCAUUUAUUACAUCUUGAUUCGUAUUUUAGUAAUUCUGUUUAAAUUAAGUUUAAUAUUUAUAUAUUUAUAAUAAAAUAUGUGAAAAAAUAUCUUGAAUUAACAUUAUUCGAAAGAAUAUUUCGCUGUCAAACGAAUUUAUUUUAUGUCAAUUCAAAUAAAAUUUCAUAAUAAAUUUUAUUAUAAAAAUUGUAAAUAGGCUUAUAUAGCAGGAGUAUUAAGAUUUUUACACCAAGAAUUAUAUUAUGCAAGAAAAAUCGAGAAAUGCACUUUGUAUUGGCAUAUUAAAAAAGAGAUAUCUCAAAAAGACUGUAUAUUACUUAUGAGACACCCUUAAAAAUAGGCGAUGCAUCUAGAAAAGCGAAUGUACAAGAGCAGUUUGUUCUCAUGAUUUUUAUCUACAAUACACAUAAUUAUAUUUUUGAGACAUUUCAUGAACAGAAUUUAUUGUAUAUUUUUAAAUACAAAAAAACAUUAAUACAUGGAAGAUGAUGAUUUUAUAAGUAUUUCUAUUUGUUAACUGUAUUAUGUACAAAUGCUUGGAACAUCUUAACAUAUGUACAGAAUUAAUAUAUGUAACGAGAGAUGUUUAACGAUAGUUACAAGAAUAUGUGUCUCUGAAAAA